AUGAGUGGACUCGAGGUUGGAGGCGGUGUCCUUGCCGCCAUCAGCCUUGCGCUCACGACCACCCAUGGAGUGUAUAGAUCAAUUUCUGGAAUGAAACAUACCUAUCCUUUUGUCAAACAGGUAUCACACGACGCAGAUUCACUAAAAAAGUUGUUGCAACAGCUUCGAAGCUACGGUGAUGAGCUUGAGAACGCCGCUGACCUUCCAGAUCUGGUAGCAGACUGCCUUAGUGAUGUUCAGUCUCUAGAAGAGAAUUUGCACAAGAUAUUGCGCGGCCAGGACAGCAAGCUAUCGAAAUUCGCACAACGGCUGAAGUUUGUCUUCACGGAGCAAGAUUGGGUCAAAAAGUCUGGCGUCCUUCAGCAACAUCAUCGAGCGAUCUCCUUGCAGCUCGAUAUUAUAGCAGGGAGAAGUAAUUCUGCUCAAACUGCUCAGCUGGUACGGAUGGAACACUUGGCCGAUGAGCAGCUUGCUCAGCAAACAACCCAUUUUGAAACAACUAAUCGUGCUAUGAGAGCCGCAAAUGGCUUGCAUCAAAACCUAGCGCGUUCCGUAGCGAGUGCAAGAACAUCGAAUCAUGAGACGGUUUGCGCAGUCAACAAUCUUAGUGACAAAAUUGGGAAUCUCUCCUUUUCGGAAGGCCAACUCGACAUUCUCAAAAGCCACAUCGGUAGCGCGGUGCAACAAAGCAUACGCCAAUCCGAAACCAGAGACGCUAAUGUUGACACGUGCCGUGGGACUCAAACGGACCCACAACCAGAUAGUCGUGCGUCGUUCGAGGCCUUACGUGCAUCGGAGGACGUACAGAGUGCUCUUCAUCGACUGGGCAGUCUGGCGAGUGAGAAGGAGAAGACCGUCUUUUCUACCGAAGCAGAAGAUUUGCUUCAAGAUGUCAAAUCCAUCUUCUUUCCCCCAGAAACCCUGAGGCUCGCUAAAUUAUCGGAACCUCACGCAGGGUUCAAGAGGUCGGCAAGCCCAUGCGACAGCGAUGGAAAGAGGGAAACCGAUGGAGAGUUUCAACGUCAUGCGAAGCGUAUGAAACGACAUCUUGGUCUAUCAGGGAACGCUGCGAUCAACGACAAAGUCUGCCGAAAACAAUUGUCUGCCCCGGGCGAAUACACAUCCGAAUACUGUUAUUUCACGCAAGAAACUAUCAAUGGUGUUCUCUCUACUUUAGUCAGGACGCGACGAUGUGCUUCCAAACCAUCCUCCUCAAGCGCAAACGGACAAAGCAACAAUAACGAUAUAGAGUACAGGGAUAUCAGGGCUGAAUUCCUUUCCAGGGAGCCUAACAACAUUUUAGUGACGGCUCUAAUACAACAAAGGAUUACCAGUAGUGAAAACAUCCUCACCAAGCCGAAUAUCGUUGUCUCCAUGACGUUACCGGAUGAUGCUGAGGCUUUCGAGUUGAUAAAGGCGGGCAAUCUCGACGGUCUUAUCGAGUCGCUCAACAGUAAAAGGACGAGACUCACUGACCGCGACCUGGAAGGACGGUGUCUCCUGAAUGUGAGUACUGCGAAGGAUGGUGAGGAUGUCGAGAAUUCAAGCAAAGCAGAGGAAUGCAAAGCAUUACUACUUGACUCAGGUUUCGAUCCAAUGCUGGACGCUGGGGGCUGUAACUCCCUCCGCGAGGACUGUGACCAGAGUCCCUGUGCAGCCUCAAUCAAAAUGCUCUUUGAUCAUGGUCAAGAUUUUCACCUUCUCGAACGUAAAAAUCUGUUUUUACUUGAUCAUCUUCAUACAGGCCAAUGGACUGAAGAAACGGUCCGUUUGCUGCUUGAAAUAGGCCAGGAUGCAAGUGUUUUUGAUCCUGAUGGCACGGUCCUUCACCCAACCGUACAAGGCGGCUGGAAAGUGGAUCUCCUGGGCGUCAAACAUGUGCUCAAAUUGCUUGUCCAACAUGGUGCCGAUAUCUUUGCAUUGGCUCAUGACGGAUAUACAGUUGUAGACAUCGUGCUCGACGAGAGAACCGAGUGGAGACAAUCUGCCGUUGAUCGUGGGACGGAAAAUGGUAGAGAUUUACCGCUUCGAGCAAUUUGGAAAUCAGUCCUCGAAGAAUGUGGAUAUGACUGGCAGAAGGUGUGUGAGAUAGAUGGCGCAUCGUUGAUAUUUUUUUCACAAAACACCGACAACGACACGUGGGAGCUUUCGUUAGACGAGCAACAUCAAUCAACUAUCAGAGUCAUCGACAAGUCCCUUUAUAGUGGCACCGGAAGCGAAGUAUAUGAAUCUCGUUGUCCCUAUCUGAAUCAGGACGGCAGCGUCAAGAUUUGCCUUUGGUGUGACUGGUCUUGGGCGGCCAAGCAGAUGUAUGAGGAAGCCUGUGGUCCUGGGACUGAUAAGUGGAAGACAGUAUUCGGUAUCUCAACUCAAUCGGAUGACUCUGUUUCGGAUGCGAGCACUACAGACUCGGAAUGUUGA